CCUUGUGAUCCGCCCGUCUCAGCCUCCCAAACUGCUGGGAUUACAGGCAUGAGCCACCGCGCCCGGCCCUGGGUAUCUUUUUGCCUAUAAUAAAGCCAGCCAUCUAAAAACAGUUCAAGCCCUGGCUCUGGUACCUGUCAGCCGUGCGGCCCUGGGCGGGUCCCUCACUCUCUGUGAGCGUCAGUUGCCUCACCUGUGAAAUGUAACUCACAGUGGUUGAGUGGAUCAAGUGAAGGGCUGUAUGUCAAGCCCCUGUCAAGCCAUCUGGUGCUCUGUGUCCUGUGGAUGGUAGCUGCCCUGAAGCGGGACCUUGCAAACUGAAGUGCUGUCUCUUCAGAGGGAGUGCAGGUGUCCAGCUCCUGGUGUGGGAGAGGCACCCUGUGCUCCCUGACCCGUGAGACAGGAUUGGGUUUGGGGGCCAGGGCAGGAGGAGGGGCCCGUCACCAGGGGAAACGGCUCGUGGUGGAGCAGCUGAGGUGCAGCUGGGCCUGUGGCUUAGAAGGCAGUCUUGUGGGUGCCUCCUCCCCCAGCCGCAACUCAGGUCUGCAGCUGGGUCCUGCCUCCUUCCGAGUGGGCCAUGACCAGGACAUGGCUGCUACUUCUCCUAGCCCUUGGGUGUCCAGCCCUACUCACAGGUGUGGGCGGCACACUCUUUCCUUCUCUGGCCCCACCAAUCAUGCUGCUGGUGGAUGGAAAGCAGCAGAUGGUGGUGGUCUGCCUGGUCCUUGAUGUUGCACCCCCUGGCUUUGACAACCCCAUCUGGUUCUCAGCUGGCAAUGGCAGUGCACUGGAUGCCUUCACCUAUGGCCCUUCCCCAGCAACGGAUGGCACCUGGACCAACUUGGCCCAUCUCUCCCUGCCUUCUGAGGAGCUGGCAUCCUGGGAGCCUUUGGUCUGCCACACCAGGCCUGGGGCUGAGGGCCACAGCAGGAGUACACAGCCCCUGCAGCUGUCAGGAGAGGCUUCUACAGCCAGGACCUGCCCCCGGGAGCCUCUCAGCGGGACACCGAGUGGGGCACUGUGGCUGGGGGUGCUGCGGCUGCUGCUCUUCAAGCUGCUGCUGUUUGACCUGCUCCUGACCUGCAGCUGCCUGCGCGACCCCGCGGGCCCGCCGCCUUCCCCCGCAGCCACCACCCGCCUGCGAGCCCUCGGCUCCCACCGACUGCACCUGGCAACGGAGAAUGGGAGACGAGAGGCCACCAGCUCACCCAGACCCCAGCCUUGGGACCGCCGCUGGGGUGACACCCCUCCGGGUCGGAAGCCUGGGAGCCCAGUCUGGGAGGAAGGGUCUUACCUCAGCAGUUACCACACUUACCCAGCACGGGGCUGGUGCUCAAGAUCUGCCCUCAGGACUCCUUCCUCCAGCCUUGGAGCAUUUUUUGCAGGUGACCUGCCUCCUCCUCUGCAGGCUGGAGCUGCCUGAGGGCAGGGCUCUACCUCCCCCGACCCCGUCACACUGUGUGAGGCUGUGUCUCUCCCAUCUAACAGGGGGCCUCUCGAGAAUGGUGAUCCACCCAGUUACAGGGGCAUUUAGGGAGCAGAUGACUGAGAACAUUAAUAAAGAACUUAAAUGACACAGCAAAUGA